AUGAAGAAAGCCCUCUUCAAGCAAAAGCCCAAAACACCGGUGGAGCUCGUUCGCCAUGCGCGAGAACUCAUCAUCUUCGUUGAUUCCAAAACAUGCACUCGUGAAAGUAAACGCGAAGAGAAGCUAUCCGAGCUAAGCAAAACGAUACAGGGAUUAAGGACGAUUCUGUAUGGAAACGGUGAAUCAGAGCCAAGUCCCGACGCGUGUUCUCAGGUCACUCGCGAGUUUUUCAGAGAUGACACGUUUCGCAUUUUCAUCCUCUAUCUGUCAAAACUCAAACUCGGGGCUCGCCAAGAUGCAGCCCAUGUAAUUUCAAACUUGCAAAGGCAACGAGUUAAUUCGCAAAUAAUCGCUUCUCAGUACCUAGAAAAAAACUUGGAUCUUGUAGACAUGCUCGUUUGCGGCUAUGAGCAAGAGGGUGACAUUGCUUUGACGUAUGGUGCGGUUGCAAGGGAGUGCAUACGCCACCAGUGUGUAGCAAGACAUGUGUUGGAAUCAGAGAACAUGAAGAAGUAUUUUGACUAUAUUCAACUACCAAAUUUUGAGAUAGCAUCGGAUGCUGUUGCAACUUUUAAAGAGUUAUUGACAAGGCAUAAAUCAACUGUUGCCGAAUUUCUUCUAAAUAGUUAUGACUGGUUCUUCAAAGAGUACAACUCUCAGUUGCUUGAAUCCACCAGUUAUUUCACCAGACGGUACGCUAUCAAGUUAUUGGGGGAUAUGUUAUUGGAUCGCUCGAAUGCUGCUGUAAUGGUUCAGUAUGUGAGCUCGUUGGAAAAUAUGAGGAUCCUCAUGAAUCUCUUAAGAGAUUCAAAUAAGACAAUUCAAUUGGACGCCUUCCACGUAUUCAAGUUGUUCGUUGCAAAUCAAAAUAAGCCUCCUGAAAUUGUGAGCGUCCUUGUCACAAACAAACACAAGCUUUUGCAAUUUCUAGAAAACUUCAACAGCGACAAAGGUAUAAAUAAAGAUCUUGCAUCACUUCCAUCCAUCCACGCCACCAUGCUUUUUCUUUACCUUUUCCUUCUGUGUUCCAUUCCCCACAUUGCAUUCUCAUCCCAUUGCACGGUUGAAACAACCACCAAAACGUUCCAAAAAUGCAUGAACCUCCCAACCCAACAAGCCUCCAUAGCCUGGACAUUCCACCCUCACAACUCAACCUUGGAACUUGUCUUCUUUGGAAGCUUCAUAUCACCUUCUGGGUGGGUUGGAUGGGGUAUAAAUCCCACCUCGCCUGAAAUGACAGGAACACGUGCAUUAAUAGCCUUCCCAGACCCAAACUCAGGCCAAAUAGUGCUUCUUCCUUACAUCUUAGACCCCACAGUCAAACUUCAAAAAUCUCCACUACUCUCUCGCCCUCUUGACAUCCACCUCCUCUCCUCCACCGCCGCCAUGUACGGCGGAAAAAUGGCCACCGUGCACAACGGCGCCGCCAUCCAAAUCUACGGCACCAUGAAGCUGCAAACGAACAAAACGAAGAUUCACCUUGUUUGGAACAGGGGGCUUUACGUGCAGGGCUACUCCCCCACCAUUCAUCCAACCACUUCCACCGACCUCUCUUCCAUUGCCACCUUUGACGUGCUGUCAGGAUCCUCCGCACCUCAGCACACGGAUCUGACUAUGUUGAGAGUGAUCCAUGGCACCGUUAACGCCAUCUCCUGGGGCAUUCUACUACCCAUCGGAGCCAUCACCGCACGCUACCUUCGCCACUUUCAAACACUAGGACCUGCAUGGUUCUAUGCUCAUGCAGGAAUACAACUGUUUGGUUUCGUUCUGGGAAGUGUGGGGUUUGGCAUAGGAAUCCGGUUGGGGCAACUGUCGCCGGGAGUGGAGUACAGGCUUCACCGGAAGCUUGGAAUUGCAGUGUUUUGUUUGGGAGCUUUGCAGACUCUGGCACUGUUGUUUAGGCCAAAGACAAGGAACAAGUUCAGAAAGUAUUGGAAGUCUUACCACCACUUUGUUGGGUACUCGUGUGUGGUGCUUGGCUUUGUGAAUGUCUUCGAAGGUUUUGAGGUGAUGGGUGCGAGCAGGUCCUACGCCAAGUUGACAUACUGCUUAGGGCUCUCCACUCUCAUUGGCCUUUGCAUUGCCUUGGAGGUCAAUUCUUGGGUUCUCUUCUGCAGGAAAUCCAAGGAAGAUAAGAUGAGGAGAGAGGGUUUCAUUUCUACCUCUGACAAAGCCUCUGCAAAGGUCACAACAGUGAAAGAGCCCCCUUCUCUAGGCCAGUUAGUUUUCUCUCAUCACUAG